UAUUGCCAGAAGAAAGCAAAGAAAAGAGAAGAUAAAGGAAAGAAGAAUGGAUUGAACUGAAUUUUGAAAAAGAACACUGCUGUGGAUGAAAUCACAGGUACAGACUCGUAAAAUCUUGCACACGGGAAAUGCAUUGAUGACUGGAAUCAUUACUAGCAAUCCUUGAAUGGACUAAAGUGCAGCUGGAGGUCAGUGGCAGAGUGACGCCAAUUUUACAGAAGGGGCUUUUACCAAGAAAAUUGAAUCUAGAGUCGUUCGGGGAAAGUUGACGAAGAGUGAAGGCCACUUUGGCUGAAAAAGAGUCUUCAAGGACCAUUCUUAUUAUACUCGAUAUAUUUCUCGACAGGGGUCUUCUUUCACAACAAGGUGAGAUCAAAUAGUGUUGUCUGCAACCCCAUCAACUGGACUGUCACCUGGAGAUCUGACAUUUGGGGAACUGCAAUAGUAAAGCCACCCACUCUUUGGGCAGCUGUCACUGUUGAGAUGAUUCAUAACACCCUCAAGUCCACCCAGCCAUCAGAGCACAGCCCCAGGAGAACACACUCGGCUGCACAGAGGAAGCUGUGGAGAUACUCGGGCUGCAGAGGGGCCGGCCAGGUAGAAAAUCAGCGUCGCAGUGUGUGUGUGCUGGCUGCCGACUUGAACACUGGAGACGGAGGAGGAGGAAGAGAUGGUGGUGGUGGUGUGAUGCACACUAUCCAUGGGCUGUGUCACCUCUGCAUCGGAUGUAGGCUUCCUCAGGUAACCAUCCUUCGAGGAAAGGAUGGAUAUGGCUUCACCAUCUGCUCGGAUUCUCCUGUGAGGGUUCAGGCAGUUGACCCAGGGGGUCCAGCAGAUCAGGCAGGUCUGCAGCAGUUGGAUACUCUCCUGCAGUUAAAUGGUCAGCCAGUGGAACAGUGGAAAUGUGUGGACUUAGCCCAUGCUAUCAGAAAUAGCGCCAAUGAGAUCACAGUGGUGGUGUGGCGCACUGGCCCCUCAGCAAAGCCUAGUUUUGAGGGCCUCAUUCACCGGCCCUCCUACAAGCCCUCCACCUCAAACUAUGAUGCCCCCUCGCCCCCUACCCGCAGGCGUGUUCCAGAUGUCGGCACAAGCAAAACCCCCCCAGCUGUGCCGCCUCUCCCAGCUCACCACCGUGCCGCUGCCAGCCGCAGGCUACUGGUCAACGGUUCUGAAGCUGGAAGUAGUAGCAGUGUAGGUGUAGGGACCCUCGGGUGGGGGGCCCAGGGGGGAUCAGCCGAGGAACUGGAUGGGAAACCACGACACCUCCACCACCCGCACACUGCUACACUGAAGGGCACCAGGGUAAAGGCAUCCAAUGGGGACAACUACAUCAUACUGGCCCCCAUCAAUCCUGGAAGCCAGGUACCGCAGACUGGUGGUGGGCUGCAUCUUCAUCAUCUUCUUCGUCCCCCUCAUCCUCACCAGGGUCAUAUGGUGGCUCAUCCUAGAUAUGUCUCCUUACCUUACAUCCCUGGUGCUGAUAGAUAGAAGGACUGUAUACAGUAUGUCUGGGCCAUUUGGGUUAAUGUUGUCUCUUUGAUUUGUGCUUCAAGACAUGUUUUGAACACACUACAUACAGCACAGUGUCAUGUAGAUAUGAAAUAGCCUGAAAAGGAAAGAGGAGAUGACAUACAAAAUGUAGCUGUUGAUAAUGUAUUGUGUGCCUUUACUAUUGACAAUAUGUCUUUCAUUACAUACUACAGACUCAGCACAGGUCAUAUUAGGAGAUCAAUACAUAUGUAUCUGAUAUCAUUUAUCUUAGAGAUAUCCUAUCGGUAAAUCACCUGUAUACCAUGGUUUAUACAGCAGUACAUGAAUAAUCUGGCUUUUAAGAAAGAGAAUUAAUACAACAAAAAUAUUACUUUAAUGUAUACUCUAUGAAAAAGCACAAAUUCCAACACAUUUACAGUAUAACAUUAUGUACAUGCAGAGAAUAGCAUCUACAUGACGUCUUGUACAACAUGUACUUAUGGUUGCAUCUAGUGA